GACUGCUUCCUGUGCGACUGGAAGGUGACGGUAACAACAUGGCGGCAGCCGGCGCGCGCCCUCUCAGUAAAACCUUGAUGUUUUACCCAAUGGCGUCACAUUUGUAUCGUAUGACAUCAGCAUGUUCUUUUUGGGUACAAAGAGGGACUAAUGUCCUGAGUCACAGACGUGCCAGUAGCAAAACACCGGAACAAGACGAGAAGAACUACUGUCUGGACCUGGUUCGGUCCAGAGACUACGAUGGCUUCCUGUCGUCCAUCCUCCUCCCGGAGGAGGCGCGUCGCUCCUCUCUGGCUCUGAGAGCCUUCAACGUGGAGCUGGCUCAGGCAGGUGAAGGACUCCGUCACCCAAAAGUCCAUCGGGCUGAUGCGGAUGCACUUCUGGAAAGCAGCUAUAGAGGAGAUAUACAGAGACGAACCGCCAAAUCAGCCUGUGGCCACUGAACUUUGGAGGGCUGUGAGGAAACAUCACCUGACGAAAAGAUGGCUGCUGAGGAUUAUUGCAGAGAGAGAGAAAGACCUGGACGACCGUGCAUACAGAAACCUGCAGGAGCUGGAAACAUACUCAGAACACACUCAGUCGUCGCUGCUCCUCCUCCUGCUGCAGUGUCUAGGAGUGGCCGACGUCCAUGCCGACCAUGCUGCCAGUCACGUCGGCAAGUCGAUGGGAAUCGUCACGUGUUUGCGAGCGACGCCGUAUCACAGCAGUAGACGCCGCGUCUACCUGCCCAUGGACAUUUGCAUGCUGCAUGGAGCUUCUCAGGAGGACUUCAUCCGCUGCAGCCGGGAUCAGAAAGUGAAGGAUGUUGCGUAUGACAUUGCCAGCCAGGCUCACGUCCACCUGGAGCAUGCUCGGUCUUUCCGUCACAAUGUGCCAGCUGCAGCAGCACCCGCCCUCCUCCAGACGGUGGUUUUGGAGGACUUCCUCCAGAGACUACGGAAAGUGGACUUUGACUUGUUCCACCCGAGUCUGCAAAGUCGGAACCCUCUGCUGCCUUUCUUAUUGUACCUGCGCUCAUGGAAAACCACCUACUGACCUAAGACCUGACUGAGAACGUGCACAAUAAACCUUCACAAGCUGUGA